CUUAAUCAGAAGCUAGAAAUGCCAAAACGACGACAAAAUGGAAUUGUCUUCAAAACAUUUGGAAAGCUUUUACAGUCCAGAAAAACAAGCAUGUCUUUUGAGGAUAUUUUCAAGCACAUCCAAGAGCUUCAGAAGUCAUUGUCUGAUCAGAAAACGGGGGAAUGUCUUCUGCAAGACAACAAGUUCUGGGCAGAACUCUGCACAGUUUUGGUUGUACCAAAUACAUCCCCAAAUAGAUAUCAACUAAAAAGGGCAUACAAAGAUGAAAAUAUGAAAAAGGUCCAAACGGAGGAAGAUGGAAAGGAAGAUGCACCAGAGACUGAAGGUGCACAAGAUGAAGAAUUUACUGAGUGAUUUUCAAAAGGAAGAUGAAAAAGAACAUACUAAGAAGAAGGACAUUGUAAAAGAUGAGGAUAUUUGAAAGCAGAAGAGGGAAAUAAAGAAUCAGACAAACCCAAAGAGUUUGGGCAGGACAAAGUAAAGAACGUGGACUCAAAGGAGGUGAAGACAGUGCUAAAAGAGGACGAUGGAGAGAAAGAUGCACAAGGGGUCGAAGGCGCAAAGGAGGAAGAAGUUACACAAGAGAUGACUACAUUUAAAAAGGAUGAUGAAAAAGAACACAUGAGCGAGAAGGACUUAAUACAGGAGGAGGAAGAUUUAACAGUGGACUCUGCACAGGAAAUGAAAAAUGGCCUGCAGGAGGAAGAUGUAAGUGAUAAGAUGAUAGUAUUUACUUUUAAACUUGUAUACUGUAUACCACCAGUAUGCUGUUUUAGAAAACGACCAGAGUUGUUGAAACACAAAUGAAAUGAUUUAAAAUGAGAAAUUAUAUGGAAUUCUCUUAUGCUUAUUCUUUUGUGGGUCCACAACUAAGAUCCAAUGGUGGAUGACAGUGACAGUUGGAGUGACACCGAUGAUGAUGUCAGACUUGACAAAGAAGAUGAAUUCUUUACAGAGAGUGUUCCUGCACCACCUUCUUUAUUUAUUCCUCAAACUGCCUGGAAAACACUAAGAAAAAAACUAAAAAAUGAUCACUUUAAGGGAUUGCAGUGCACUGCACCCCUCGACAAAAAAGGGGAUCCUAAUCUGUACUACACUGAGACAUUCAUCUCCUCAUUGACUGCAUACUUCUUGCCUCAUGCAGCUCUUUGGACAAGCAUGAUGCUGGGUCAGUUACACUUUUUGUGAUUAAAAGAGUCACUCAGGGAAGGGCUGGGCGAUAUAUAUCGCGGUUCACGAUAAUUAUAUGUGUCUAAAUCGAUUCUGAAAUCGAUUCGAUUUUUUAUGCGCAGCUCUUCCGUGAACUAUGGCUCUUUGAUCAGUAGGAAGUACUGCUCGAUCUAAAAUCACUACGAGAUUGAGUCGUUUAUAAGGUACAUUUGAAAAAGCACUCGUCAAACAUCAUCACUAUAAAUAUACUUUAUUAUCAUGAAAAUACCUGAAAAGGUUUGAAGAACAGAUUUAGAAUAUGACCAGUGGCAUUUCCUGGAACUAAUUGUUCUUCUUCUGUUUCUCGUAUUCGGAGUUUCUGCGCAAGAGCGCCCUCUGGCUUUCGGAUGUGGCGGCAUUUAACCGGGCAUCAGAACGCAGCCGAGUCAACAUGCCGUGUGUUCAUUAUAAGUUUUUCAGUAAACUUACACACGACACGGUGAUCUUUGAUGGCCUUCACAUCACUCUCGGAGAUUUGAAACGCCAAAUCAUGAGACGAGAGAAACUGAAGCGCUGCGAUCUGAGCAUCACAAACGACCAAACCAACGAAGAAUACACUGAUGAUGCGGGCAUCAUCCCCAGUUACACCAUGGUGACCGUCAGACGAAUCCCUGGAACUGGGGUAAAAUCCACAUAUGACAGACAUGCCAAUAAGUGGUCUGAACCAUCAAGUGGAUCUUCAAAAGCAGUAUGUAAACAAAAGUGUUGACUCGGUUGUUUACAUUGUACUGUAUGAUCUCUUUAAUCUGGUCAGAGUUGACCGUGAAGAAGCCUGGAACAAUAGGCCCACAUGCAAUUUUACUAUACGAUUCACAGCACGUGAACAGGUCAUCGUUGUCACUUGAGCAGCUUUUCAAGACUGAGAAUCUGGCUGAGGCCAACGCAUCAGAGGAGGACAAAAUCAAAGCUGUCAUGUUCCAGUCCAGCCGCUGUUACUAUUCUACGAAGUGAGUAUAAUAACAUUCACAUCAUGAGCAGAAUUUUCAAGUGCACUCUAUCAUGACUCUCAUCGCUUACCAGUGAAGCGCUCAAGCUGGUUGGAGGCCUUCCACCAAACUAUGUGUGCCGUAUCUGUGGCAUCCCUGGGCAUCACAUCAGAAACUGCCCAAAGUCACGGGAUUCAACUUUUGUUGGGGGUAAGCGCAUUCGGAGAAGCGCAGGAAUUCCUGUCAGCUUCCUAAUGGAGGUGGAUGACCCCAACAUGAAGGGAGUGAUGCUGAGCAGCAGCGGAAAGCAUGUCAUUCCCAUUAUUAAUGCUGAGGUUUACGCAUCUCAGAAGAAAGACCGUCCACCUUUCAUACCCCAGAACGAGUCCUCGUCAUUGACCUCUUCUGAACCUCGGAGCUCUCGCACCAAUUUACCAUCUGAUGCUGUCAUCAACACUCACAACACAACCCAAUCAAAUAUUCAAGGAGUUAUAUCCAGAUAUUUGAAAUAUGCACCAGAAAGGAUGGGUGGUGGUGGCCGUAAGAAAGCAAUAA